AUGGCGACCGUCACAGAGUCCGUCAAAGAGUCGCUUGUAGGCACGACGCAGCCAGAGAGUUUGUCAACUGAGGCACGAAUGAGCUUUCUCAAACACUCGCGCCGGGACGAUGAUGGUGAGCUCUACAUGAACGAGGAGGAUUUCAUCAACGCCAUCGCGCCGCCUGAAGAAGACUAUCACAAAAUCAAGAGAGAACAAUAUGGCAUCCUGUUCAAUGUCGCAGAUCGACACAAACACGGCAGGAUUACAAUGUCCGAAUGGGCCGCCUUUGAGAACUUGCUUGCCAAAGCCGACGCCGAGUAUGAAAUCGCCUUCAGACUGUUCGACGUCGACGGCACUGGUUUGAUCAAGUCAGAUGCAUUGCAGCGAAUCUAUGAGCAGAACCGAGGUCGAGAAAGCAUUCCCUUCGACUUCAACUCGGAGUGGGCGUCGCUGUACAUUGGCGGCAAGAGCAAGAGACAUGAAAUGACAUACCCCCAGUUCGCACAGAUGAUGCGUGGUCUGCAGGGGGAGCGGAUACGACAGGCGUUCCACCUCUUUGACAAGGACAAGGAUGGAUACAUUGAGCCUGAGGAGUUUGAGCGCAUCAUCCGAGACACCUCUGGACACAAGUUGUCAGAUCACGUCCUGGAGAAUCUCCCGACAUUGUGCAACAUCUCUACCGGAACCAAAAUCUCGUAUGCCACCGUCCGAGCAUUCCAGAACGUCAUUCGGGAAAUGGACCUGCUGGAUCUCAUCCUCCAAAAUGCCACCGCCAAAACCUCCGAUGGUAGAAUCGACCGGUCCGACUUCCUCAACGAAGCCUCACGAAUGACCCGCUUUUCCCUCUACACCCCUAUGGAGGCCGACAUUCUGUUCCACUUUGCCGGUCUCGAUGUCCCCUCUGGACGGUUGGCUCUGGAUGAUUUCACCAAAGUUCUGGAUGCAAGCUGGCAGAAUACAGGAGCCAAGUUAGGCGCAAUCAACGAUGCAGCAGACCGCGUCGUGUCCAAGUCUCAGCACUUCCUCCACAGCCUCCUCGAGUCUGCUCACCAUUUCGGCCUCGGUAGUAUCGCGGGCGCGUUUGGUGCUUUCAUGGUCUAUCCGAUCGAUCUCGUCAAAACUCGCAUGCAGAAUCAACGAAGUGUGCUGCCCGGCGAACGUCUCUACGAGAACUCAAUAGACUGCGCACGCAAGGUCAUUCGAAAUGAAGGUUUUCGAGGCCUGUACUCUGGUGUCCUUCCCCAACUUGUCGGAGUCGCUCCAGAAAAGGCGAUUAAAUUAACAGUCAACGACCUUAUACGCGGCCGGUUCACCGACAAACAGACAAAUGCAAUUCCUUUGCCUGCGGAGAUUCUUGCCGGUGGAUCUGCCGGUGCAUGUCAAGUGGUCUUCACCAACCCUCUCGAAAUCGUCAAAAUCCGUCUCCAAGUGCAAGGCGAACUGGCCAAGAAGUCUGAUGCCGUGCCUAAACGAUCGGCGAUGUGGAUUGUGCGCAAUCUGGGCAUCUUAGGCCUGUACAAAGGUGCAUCGGCGUGUCUAUUGCGUGACGUUCCAUUCUCGGCGAUCUAUUUCCCCACCUACAACCACCUGAAACGCGACAUGUUCGGCGAGUCGCAGCAGAAGAGACUCGGCGUCCUCCAGCUCCUGACGGCGGGUGCCAUCGCAGGCAUGCCGGCCGCGUACCUCACCACGCCGUGCGACGUGAUCAAGACGCGGCUGCAAGUCGAAGCGCGCAAAGGCGACGUGGUCUACAACGGCCUGACAGACUGCGCCCGCAAGAUCUGGCAGCAAGAAGGAUUCCGCGCGUUCUUCAAGGGUGGGCCGGCCCGGAUCUUGCGCUCGUCGCCGCAGUUCGGAUUCACCCUGGCCUCGUACGAGGUGUUGAGCAAGCUAUUCCCGCUCGGCGGCGAGGAGGCUGAGGUCCAUUCGACUGCUGGGAAGAUGGAGCCGGGCGUCGGUCUUAGAGAGACCAAGGCUCCGCUGCCGUACCUGCGCAGUCGGAAUGCGUUGAAGAUCCUGUUGGAUCUGGAUAACAGUUUCGGCCGCGUCCGUGUUCCUGCCAGCCUGGAGGGGUCGAGGUUCUUCUCAUCGCCGGCGUCGAAGAAGUGA